AUGGUGGCGGAGGACAGCACGCUCAAUGUGGUGCCAACCAGCGGCGGAAAGGUCCUGAUGGCCCUCGCCGACGCCGGGCUCCAGUUCCUUGUGGCCGCCUCCCGCGCGAACGUGGGGGUGAAGUCUGGGAGGUACCUCUUCGAGGUUCGCGUGGUGGAGGUGCUUCUGCCGGCCAUCCCAGGCGGCCGGAUGAACCCCAUCACCCCGAUCCCGCGCCAGCUCUGCCGCGUGGGCUUCUCAAAGCAGGGCUCCUCGCUAUUUCUGGGCGAGACGGAAGACUCCGUUUGCUUCGAUGCAGAUGGCUGCUUCCUCUUCAACAAGCAGAAGAGCCCCGCGGCGGAGCGUUUUGUCCGGGACCACGUCUGGGGUGUGCUGCUGAAUUUGGACCCUGCGAGCCCCAAUGUCAACACCGUCAGCCUCUUCAAAGACGGGCGCCGGGUAUCCCGGCCGCAGCCCCUGCCCGAGCAGCUGAAAGGGCAUGCGCUCUUCCCGCAUGUCUCCUUCCGGAACGUCACGCUGCAGGUACACUUCGGGCCCAUGAUGAUCUCACCCUUGUCCUUCAAGUGCCGUACCAUCCAGGAGGCCGCCGCCGAAGAUGUCGUCGUGGCUCCAUCCACCUUUGCCCAGGAUGGUAAGUUCGAGGUGGUCUUCCCCGUGUCCUUGCCAGACGAAGGAACCUUCGACUGGCUGUCUGAGUUCCUGGAGCAGCACCCGGGCUACGUGGAGAUCAGCGACAGAAAGAUCGUGGAGUGGGCGACCAUGAGCGGCUUGGGCAAACCAAGGAUUACGUCCCUCAAGAAUUGCAACGACAAGCCGGACGUCAACUUCGGCAUACAGGUUAUUGACGAGCUUUCGCCUCGUCGGCUGGUGCUUGCUGUGGCACCUCUCGUGCCACGGAACUACGUGGUGAUGGAGGUCCGAUCGAACUUGAUCAAGGCUGAACGCCAGGAGCUUGCGCAGCGCUUCAACCUGCCCCACUUCAAGCGCGUGGCCAUGGUCGUGGUGGGGGAGCCACCCGAGGGCCGAGGCCUCUUCGCGCUGGAGCGCCUGGCGCGUUCUGCAGAGGUCUUAGCAGCGGAGAUUUGGGCGGUGGCCCUGGCGCUUCCUGCCCGGCCCUUCCGCUGCCGCGGCUGCCUCCGUGCAGUGAGCCAGGGCGAUGAGCCUCUGGAGGCCUGUCCUAGCUGCAAAGAGGCGUACUACUGUGCGUCUUGCCGCCAGCGUGGACAGGCUGCGGAGAGACACCGGCACGAGUGUGAGCUGCUGCAGCGCCUGGCGUGCUUUACGAACAAAGAGGUGCCUUCAGAAGUUCGCUCGAACGUGGCCUUGCUCAUCUCCUUGCAUGCCUUCACCCGAGAUGCUGAGAUAGGUGAUGUCAGCGACUGGCUCGGCUUGAUGCCAGAGCCGCCGCGGCCAGGCGCCAAGCGCCGGGCGCGGCUCAGGGCUACCGCUGCCGCCCUCUUCGUGCAGCUCCGGGAGAAGCAGAGGGAACAGGAGAAAACUUCCGAAGCGGGCUCUGUGCACGAGAAGGAGGACGGCUCCACCCUCUUCCCCAGCAAACUCAGCUCCGACCCAAGACUCCUCGAAGCAGUGCUGGCAGCGGUGCCGCUGAACGCCUUCGGCCUGGGACCCGACGGUCAGGAUGGCCAGUGCCUUGCCCCGACCGCCGCGUACGUGAACCACAGCUGCCUACCCAACUGUGUUGAACGUAUUGUUGGAGGACAGGUUCGCUUCUUCGCACUGCGGGACAUCGAGCCAGAGGAGGAGCUUACCUUUGCAUACCUCGACCUCGGACAGCCCCUGGAGGACCGGGCCGGGCUCAUUCAGAUGAGCUGGAACUUUACCUGCGGCUGCGCACGCUGCCGCGGGACUCACAAGGCACAGGUGCGAGCCUUUGACGAGCAGCACCUUUGCGAUUGUGGGGCGGUUGUCCUCACGAAGGAGAGGGCAUGCCGAUGCAACGCGGACGUGACGGAAACGAGCGGUGAGUCGUCAGCGUUCAAGGCCAAGGUGCACGCCGUCCUCCUGGCUGAGAAGCAGGAGGCUGCGGGUGAGGAGAAGGAGGCGGACCCUGCGGCGGCGAGUGGCGAGGCCAAGGACGAGGAGAUGAAGGAGGAGGCGGAGGUCAAGGACGAAGCCAAGGAGGAGGCCGACGUCCAGAUGAAGGAGGAGCCCAAGGAGGAGGCGGAGGCAGCCCCAGUGGCCGAGCUGGACGACGAGGAGUUGCGCGUAUGGUUCUUGCCACGCUCCGCCACAGACCUGGUCUCGGUGACCUUCAACAGCAGCUUCGCUGAUUUCACUCUCCCGGACGAGUCCGAAAACUUCUCGGAGAUCCGCUACGAAUGGGCUGGGGAAGUUGCCAGCAAGGACUACAUGAAGUCGUGGAUGCAGGCCAAGAAGAUCACCACCCGUGUCGAAGACCUCUUUCCAGACGAGACCUUCACCAACCGAGUGCUGGAGUGGCAGCGGGUGCAGGGCGAAUGGCAGUACAAGCAGAAGGAGUUCAAAGCAGAUCCAGUCCGGCAGCAGGCCGCGAACACCCGCAUGGACAAGGAGAAGAAGUACCAGGAGAGGCAGGAGAAGCCCAAGCCGGAGGUGACCGAAGGUGCUGAGGGCGAGGCCGCCGCUGCAGACGCAGACGAGGCUGCAGAGCUGGAAGGCUUCGUCCCCGUCGAUAUCCACACCGUCGAGGACGUGCUGUGCGAACCACUGUUUGCCCACUUCGCGUUCGAGGUGGCGCUGAAGAUAGGUCUUGGAGUGUUGGAUUGGGCGUUGAUGAACCUGCGCUUCGAGCUGGCCAUGCUGAUGAGCGCUUUCGCGCAGGCGGUUGUCGAUCCGGACAGGCCCGGCAUCCACGAGGCCCACCUUGGCUUCUACUACAACCGCCUCAUGGCUUUAAUACCGGGCAUUCGAGGCCUGCAAACGCUCUGCGGCGGUGGAAGGGAAAACCUAGCGAUCCCCAGGGUGCUUGACUUGGUCAGCGAUGUGGUUUCUGUCUUGGACAAUGGCAUCCCCGGCAUCCUCCGACCCAUCCUCACCGAAGAGCAGCUGAUCAACCAGGAUGCUCGGGAAGUAGGUGCCAGUGCGGCUGCAAGCUGGGUGCUGGGUAAUGCACCCGACCAAACGCCCCAGCUCCAUGAGGCCCGGCGAGAUCGGCAGCGGCGCAUCGACGCCGGUGAGAGCAUUCGGCUAAAGCUGGCCGUCCUGCAGCAGCAGAUGAAUCAGCCGCUGCGCGCCCUGGUUUCAUACGUCCUGGCGGCGGAGGCCAUGAUCCAGCAAGCAAGUUGGGGCUGGGACGGCGGGCCGCCGUGGGACGGCGGGCCGGCCUGGGACGGCGGGCCAGGCUGGGACGGCGGGCCAGGCGGCUACCCUCCUAUGGGCGGUCCUAUGGGUGGACCUAUGGGCGGACCCAUGGGCGGUCCCAUGGGCGGACCCAUGGGCGGCCCCAUGGGCGGUCCCAUGGGCGGCUGGGAUGCAGCAGUUGGCUGGAUCGUGCAAGCCUCCGAGGGAUAUCUGGAGCAGCAGCUAGAGGCGAGCGACAAUGCCUCGGAUCUGGACUUGGCGAAGCUUGGCGAGGGUGUGGGCGACCUGCUGCGGCAGGUCGGCCAGCACGACCGCAGCAUGAAGUACUUGGAAGCCUCAAAGCGGAUCCGCGAAGAUCAAGGUGCUUUGGAGACUCCCGAGGGCGCCAACCUCCUGCGGAACAUCGGCAUUGUCUCCGCCGAGCUCAAGGACAUCACUCGGGCCUUGGCAACGUGUGAGGAGGCUCGACAGAUUCGAGAGAAGACCAACAGCUUGGAAACAUCGGAUGGAGCCCGCCUUAUGAGUACCAUCGGGUCGCUGCGGGUCCGCAAGUAUGCCAAUGACAAGGACAAGGUGAAGGACCGCGGGGACCUGGACACGGCUCUGAACAUGUACGAGGAGGCCCGCCGCAUCCGCGAGGCCACCAAGACACUGCUUACCGACGAGGGCGCGCAACUCUUGGUAGGGGAAGGCAACGCCCUGCGCACCCGGGGUGGGCAAGACGACAUCGACCGAGCCAUUGGUCUCUACGAGGAGGCGAAGAAGAUCCGAGAGGACAAUAACACGCUCGACACACCCGAAGCUGCCCGGCUGCUGCACACGUUGGCCUGCGCGCAGCUGGACAGGAACCAGCUGGACGACUCCAUUGUCAACUUCAGACAGGCGAAGAAAGCCCUGGAACUAACUGGGACGCUGAACACCUCGGACGGGGCACAGGUGCUGGAGAAGCUGGGGACCGCGCUGGAGCAGCUGGGAAAGGUAUCCCAGGACAAAGGCCUGAAGAAGGAAGCCAAGAAGGUCCUGGAGGAUCUGCGGAGCAUUCGGAAUCAAAAAGCAGGCUUGGCAAGCACCGUUGAGGCUGCGACAGGAGCGCGCUACAAGCACCGGAAGGAGCAAGCCCAGACCGAGGCGGAGGGCGUCGAUGAGGUUGGUCGCCGCGAGGGGGAGACGGGCCCCCCAGCCGAGGACGCGGAGGAGGGGCACCUGGAGGUUCGGAGCUCUACGCCCUGA